AUGUUGCACAAUAGUAUUUAUCUUAUAAUAAAGAGAUAAAGGUAUGAAUUUUAGCAGUUUUAAUUUCAGAACGCAACUAUAUUUUAGUAGAUAGUUGCCAGUCAUCCUUCUCGGGAGAUUAACUUUGGAGAUGAAAUAGAAAGAGUAAAUGCAACGAUAUUUGAAAUUUAUAUUAAAUUGUAGUCGUUUGAUGCAUCUGAUUUUAGCAAAUUGAAAGAAAAGGAGGUUCUUUAGCAUUUAGAAUUUUGUGAUUAUUUGAAAUCAGAUAUUUAUUUAAAUGCAGUGAUAACAAGAAUAUUAUAGAAUAACUUAAAACCUUAAAACAGCAUAGAAUUUCUAAUGCAUUGUUACAAAAAGCUGAAAGGAAGUGAGAAUUCUAUGAUUAAGUAGUAGACUGCUAGCUAUGACAUUUACUACUAAUUCUUCACUUAAAUAAUCAAUUUUAUAGCAUUAAACUUAGAUAAAUAUUAUUCCCAGUAUCAGCAAGACAUUAGAUAGUUAAAUGAAAAGAUAUAGGAUGAAAUUAUAGAUAGGUAUUUCAAGCAAAAAAUUUAGUAAAACACCCAAGUUUCACAGCUUAAAUAGAUUAUAGAUGUUUUUUUAAACAUCAAAAUUAAGUCGGAUCACCUAGAGUUGCUAAAAAUUCGCCAAAAAAAUCUGAUACAUAAAAGCUAUAAUGCUAAGAAUCACCCAAAUAUUAGCUGGAAGCUCUCAAACCUAAAGCAAAUAACAUAAAAGGAAACAGCUCAUUUUAAUUUUAAGUAAUUCAACUUACAGCUAUUUGCAAUCAGAGAAGAUUAACAGCUACAUGUACACAUGAAGCUGAUUAAUUUAAAAAGUUAAGAAAAUGUAUUAAACCUUCCAAACAGUAUUAUUACCUUCUAUUAUUCAGUAGAGAUAAAUGGUAUCAAACAAAGAUCUACUUUUAUCAUUGAUCAUUUUGUGAUUGGCAAAAAGCAAUCAAUUGCAUUGAAAACUUUUAAUUUAAAUGAAAUGAACAAGCUUGAUACUCAAGCAGUAGCCUCGAAUAGCAAAAUCGAGUUUAUAGUUUACUUGCAGUACGAUGUUAUUUAUUCUUCUUUAAUGAACUAUUCAAACCAUUACUUAGAUUAAGUAGUCUCAAGCCAUUGCUUGGCAGCACUAUCUCCAAGUGAUAUUAAAAGCCUAAUACUUUCAUAUCUAGCUCAGCCUUUAAAAUAAAAUGAAUCAGAAUACCAAAAACAACAUCUUGUUUAGGGUCUUCUUCAAAACUGGAUAAUGAGUAUUGGCAGCAAUACUAAUUAUCCAGAAGAUUAGACUAUUGAUUUAUUUAAAGACAUAGAACUCAGCUUAGAUAGCUUCUAAAAUAUUUAAAAAAUUAUGAACAACAAAAAAAUAUUUUAGCUGUCUCCAGUUAAAAAGAUAAUUGAAGAAAAAAUAAAGACUCUGUCUAUUUCUCAAUACUAAGUCAAUAUUCAAAAACCUAGACAGAAUUCAGAAGAUUUGGGAAAUGUGUCACCUAAAAGAAAUAGUCAUAUCCCUACUCCUAUGAGUUUGAGAUCUUCAAGCAAUACAUUGUAGAAUAAUUAAGAUGACAUGAUUAAAAAGUUCUAAAAUUACACUGUUUAAAAUCGAAGCGAAAUAGGAAAUAUAAAUAAUUUAAUUGAUAAUACUCCUUAGGGAAUUCAAAGUUAAGAAACAUUAGGGGGAUUUUCUAAUUAAUUUAGCAAAAGUAAAACAAAUAGAAUUUAAGAAAGCAUCAGAUAGAUCGCUUCUCCUAAACUUAUAAAUUCUUCAACAACUCGUAAUUAAGAGUAAGGAUAUAUAAAUUUAAAUCUGUAACCUUAAUCUGCCAGCAUGUCUGCUAAAAAUUAAAAUUCAUUUUAGCACUCAAGCAGCUAUAAAUUUGAUAGCAAUUCAUCAGCUAUGAAUACUCCUAUGAAAGAUUUCGAAAUUAGAUAAAUUACUCAAAAAUACCUCAACAAUAAUAACAGCAAUAGUAAUAGCUCUUCUAAACCUCCACUUACAUCAAAUACGCUAUCUCAUAAUAUUAACAAUAGCGAAACAAGCAGCUAAAAUAAUUAUGAUCUUAAAAAGCUCCUUUCUCCAACUUUAGAUAGAUCUUCUAGCUAAGGUGCUAGCAAUAAUAGUAGCUAAAUUAGAUUCCUUUCUCCACCACCCGUUUUCGACUCAAACUCCUCUAAAAAUAAUUACCAAAUGAAUGAAUAUUUUAAUACUGAGCAAAAUAAGAGGACUUAAAAGAAUUAUAUUGUUUAGAAGAGAGAAAUUUCAUUGAAUGAUACAACAUAGAAUCAAAAAAAUCAAUAGAAAGAGCAAGAUAUUAUGUCAAAGACAUCAGAAGAAACCUUUAAAUAUAGAAUAAAAUCUCCUCAACCAACUGAGUUUACUAAGAGAGACUCUGAUAUUGUUGGAAUUUAGAACCACUCUUAAGUUAGGUUAGACACCUCAAUUCAUUCUGAGAACACUACUAUUCCUUUAAAUAAAUUAAAGUCUGAAAAUGAUUUAGAUUUAUUGAAAUAAAAAUCCCCUAAAAUUACACCUAUAGUUAAUUCUAAAGGUGGACCCUCAUUCACAGGAAGUGCUGUUACAUCUCCUUUAACUAAGAAAUUUGUGCCUAACUUUAGUAGCGAGUCUAAGGGAUUUGAAAUACAGCCUUAUAGAUUGACUGAUUUUAAUGCAAAUAAUGAAAAUAAACCUGAUUUUACAAAUUUAAAUUAAAGAUAAGUAAAAGAAAGAGACUCAUCCCUUGGAGUUCAAGACUUAAAAGGGUUUUCUAUCAGCGAGUUAGAAAGCUACAAGAAUGUUGAUUCAAAAUAUGGCUCUAACACAUUUAACAGUAUUAAAAUAAAUUCAGUCUCUGAAAUACAAUCGAAUAUAUAAGAGUCAAUUAAUUCUAAAAGAAGAGAUAGCUCUGAACAGCAAAGUUCUACAUUAAAAGCCUACAGUACAAAUUAAUUAUUUUCUAAAGCUCUAAGCAACAACUCUAACAUUUAUAAUUAAUCUAAUUCAAACGGUUUCAACAAUCAAAGAAUCAGCACAUUGUAAAAUCUUUUUAGCAGUAGUAAUUUAGAUAACCCUGCUAACGGAUCUAACUCAGCAAUAUCGGAAGUACCUACUUUAUAACUAUAAAACACUAACAGUAGCAACCUUCUUUCUGCACAACUUCUGCAAGAAAGAACUUCUAGAAAAAUACAAACCCUUAACUCUCUUAAUCUAAAGUAAUUUGCAAUUUCAGAUGAAUUUAAAAUGGUUUUUGCUUGA